AUGUUGUCAAGCAAGACUAUUCUUGCACUGACAGUUGUCGUGGCCGUGGCUCAGGCCCGUUUCGGCCAGGAACAAAUCCCGAUCCCCGCCAUUGCCGCUGUGCAAGGCGGUGCUCCUGGUGUUGCGCAAACUAUUGCUGGCGCUGCCGUCAGCGACAUACUCGCAGCGACCAAUGCCUGUGACAAGCUCAAGCGCGGUGAUCAGAUCAUUGCGGAGCUUGGUAGCGGAGCUGAUGCGGUGGCUGCUGCCAUCGGCAUCGUGGCCGCCGAGAAGAACUUCAACCCUUUCACCCAAUCGAUUCCUACCAUCUGCGACGAUCCGACCUUGCCGACCACGGAUGUUCUGCGGGGUAUCACGCCCCUGAUCGACCCAGCUGUUGGUGGUUCAGAUAUUGCCAAUGCUCUAUCUGCCCAGACUGUGAAAACACCGCUUGAUGCCACCGGCAAGAGCGUAGCGGAUCUGCUGGCCGAGAACGGCUUCACCAACUUUACGACACAAGACGCCGCUGGCAACACAGGGACUGCGCCGGCUGCGGACGGUGCUGUCGCAGUCAAUGCCACUUCGGCAGCGACGGCAGCUGCCACCAGCGCAGUGGUGGAAUGUGGCGCUGUACCCCCCACAGCUUCAACGACCGACACUGCGAACACUACCAUCUCCACCGCGGCUGCCACUGCUACUGCCGCGGUCACCAGUGCUGCCGCAAGCGGAGGUGCCGUUCAGGCUUCGACCGUCGCCGGAGCAGACUUCGGCCUAUGUGUGCCCACGAUGAAAUUUGAAGGCGGUCUCGGCGGCCGCCCAGCGACCGAGUUCACUUUCCUGCCUAUCGACCCGUUGUGCGCUCAGGGGCAGCAAGAGGCCUUGAAUCCAAACAUCAUUACCAACCGCAUCUGCGACCAAUUGACCAACGUGUGCGAGUCCAAUGACGCAGCUAAAUCGCUGUGCCGAGAUGCUCAGUCUCAGAUCCAGGCUCUGGGCACUCGCAACAAGGCUACUGCAGAUACCUGGAACAGUCUGCUUGGAUUCGCAGGGGCAGUCACCAACCCGGACGGUGGUGCAGCUGAGCCUCCUGCGACAACAAUGAUGGCUCGAUCGUUCAGAGCAUAG